AUGGCCCCGCCCAAGCAGAGAAAGAUUGCCAUCGUCGGCAGCAGGGCAGUCGGCAAGUCGAGUAUGACGGUGCAGUUUGUCGACGGCCACUUUGUAGACAGCUACUAUCCUACCAUUGAGAACACGUUUAGCAAGAUGAUCAAGUACAAGAACCAAGACUAUGCCACCGAGAUUAUCGACACAGCCGGACAGGAUGAAUACAGCAUUCUUAACUCGAAGCAUUUCAUCGGCAUCCACGGCUACAUGAUUGUCUACUCGGUCGCCAGCAAGCAGAGCUUUGAAAUGGCACGCAUUAUCCGGGAUAAGAUUCUGAACCACCUGGCCGUCGAAUGGGUUCCCCUCGUCAUUGUAGGUAACAAGUCCGACCUUCGCCCCGAACAACGCCAGGUCACUCCCGAAGACGGCCGCGCGCUCGCUGCCGAGUUCAAGUGCGCGUGGACCGAAGCCAGCGCCCGCUACAACGAGAAUGUGCAAAAGGCGUUUGAGCUCAUGGUUGCUGAGGUGGAGAGAUCCCAGAACCCUGACCACCGCCGCACGCAAUACGACGCCACGCAAAUCGGCUCCAAGAUCAACGCCAUCCAAAAGCAAAUCGGCGCCAAGAAGAAGGCAAAGGAAAACGCAGACGACCUGCUCGAGGAGAAGAAGCAGCUCGAAGAGUCUAAGAAGAAGCAGGAAGCAGAGGCCCAUGCUAAACUCGUCAAGUUGCAUGCCAAAGCAAAGUCGGUCGGCAACUACGUGUACAAGGAUGUCCCUGUUAGCGACAACGAAGACAACAAUGCGGUGCUCAAGACUUGGGCACCCGAGUCGAGAAAGGCUGAGUUUAACAAGGAGGGCAUACCACAUCAUGGUGUCUUGGCUAGGUUGAAUGGAUACGAUCCAGAGCGCGGUACCAAGAUUGUUGGUCAUAGAGGAUAUGAACACUGCCUAACUGGCUACGGUGUCUUCCUCAACCAAGCACUGAUCAACUAUGGUCUUGAAUUCUUGUUCAGCAAAGGCUUCACUCCCAACCAACCACCUUUCUUCAUGCUCCGGGAUCAGAUGGCCAAGACCGCACAACUUUCCGACUUUGACGAGGAACUCUACAAGGUCACCGAGAGCAAGGACAAGCCCGAAACCGACAAGUACCUCAUUGCCACUUCAGAACAGCCCAUUUCCGCUCUUCACUCAGAAGAAUGGCUACACAGCGAUCAACUGCCCAUCAAGUACGCCGGAUACUCAACAAACUUCCGAAAAGAGGCCGGAUCUCACGGCAAGGAUGCCUGGGGUAUCUUCCGGAUACACCAGUUCGAAAAGGUUGAGCAGUUCCUCCUCACACACCCCGAAAAGUCAUGGGAGGCCUUUGAUGAGAUGCUUGCCAAUUCGGAAGAGUUCUAUCAGAGUCUUGGUCUGCCUUACCAGGUCGUCGCUAUUGUUUCCGGAGCGCUGAACAAUGCCGCCUCAAUGAAGCGCGAUCUCGAGGCCUGGUUCCCUGUCACUGGUGGAGGAGAGUACAAGGAGCUCGUGUCCAUUUCCAACUGCACUGACUACCAGACGCGUGAACUUGAGAUUAGACACGGUAUCAAGAAGUUGAAUGCUACUCGCAAGGAAUACGUUCAUGCGCUCAACGGCACUCUUUGCGCUACUGAGCGAACGCUCUGCUGUAUCCUCGAGAACUACCAGACGCCAGAGGGUUUCGUGGUUCCGGAGGUUCUGAGGAAAUAUAUCCCCGGUCAACCUGACUUCUUGCCGUUUGUUAAGGAGUGGAAGGCGCCCAAGGAGGACAAGGCUCUUCCGGACCGGACGAAAUAG